AUGCCAUUCGGAAGAAGUCUUCUACAGAGGGAAAGCCUGUUACGAGUAAGUGGAGAGGAAGGAUCCCCAGAGAUUCUUAUCUCAUUCCAUUCUAGUGGCUCGACCAGUAACCAAUGGCGAAAACUCAAAAAUCCAUGGUUUCCCGGUAGAACCCCAUUUCGCCCAAGUUGUUGCGGAACCGGAAAAAAGAAGCGGUUUUUCGCACAGCUUGCUCAUAGUGCAGGUCCCACUUGUAUUUCGUAUUUGGCCGAAGAAGCAUCGGACAGGUUGGAGUUCCUACGUUCUUGGGACUCCAUGGACCAAGAUCUGCUUUCAUUAUAUGGGCAAUACCGAUCUACUUUAGUAGAUCAUAUGGAUGUAGAAAAAGCUUUUCAUUUUGAUGAAUUGGAAACAUCUCUUUUCCAUUUUGAUUUACCCAGUUUAUAUCUUUGUUUCGUGUGUUCCCGGGAGGAACUUCAAUCUCGGGAUACCACCUAA